UGCAGAUCUACUUACAUCAUGCUGGUCUUUACUGGUUCUCAUGUGUGUAUAAAUACACCACCCCACGCCUUCCCCCCACAUUUCGUUCCGCGAGCAGACCGUCAUUGCGUACACGAGGAAUAUGGCCGUGCAAGCGCAGCAUCUCUCCAACAGUACUUUCUCGCCGGACUUCCGCAGCUGGGCCGGGAACGAUGUUAUGGAAGAACUCCAUCUGGUGCAGGACCAGCGCAAGAUGCUUGGGGUAUACACCGGCCGUCCUGGCGGCGUCAACGAUGGCACGGUGUUCAGCGACCCCAAUAGCGAGCUAUCUUGCAAUGCUUCCGGGCCGAGGAAGCGGCCGCGGGAGGCCGAGCUGCUCGUGGCGCUGCAGCAACCCUCCCAGGAUUACAAGCUUAACCUCGAGUCGCGGCUCCGCUACCCCAACCUCAUGAACAGGCUGGUUCCGUUGAGCUCGAUCGCCGCCAACGUCACCCCCUCUGGCUGUCAGCACAGCCGCUUGGCCGAGUCUGGCGGUACCUCCACCAGUGGCCGUCCCGUUUCCCUUCUCACACAAGACCUUGUAUCCCAUCUCUUAACCCAGGAGAUCGAGAUCGACGCCCUCGUUCGUCAUCAGGUGCCAUCUCCAUCCCCACCUUCUCCCUCUCCCUUCCUGCAUAGGUUCGAUCGGUUCUUUCUUCCCUUCCUUCCUUGAAGUCUAAAUCUUUUUCUUCCAACUAU